AUGACAUGGAAGAAACUGGUCCCCAACUUCAGAGCUGGGUUGGAUUCACGCGCGGGCCUCCCAUAUCUUGGUUGGCUCAAUCUCAAAUAUUAUGAGAUAGCCGCUAACUAUGUCUCAGAGCUGGUGGCUGAUUCACGCGCGAUCCUCCUAUCUUUCGGUCACAUCAAUCUCAAAUAUCAUGAGAUAGCCGCCAACUAUACCUCAGACUAUGUCACGUCACACAUCAUUUUCUUAUAA